GUCCGUAAAACCGUUUGAAGAGGAAGAUCCAGGUGCGGCAUGGAGCGCGGCAGGAUGACAUUUGGAGCCGCCAGCAACAGUCGCCGAUGCAGCUGCCUGCUUUGAAGAAAGUCACCAACUCGCCUGCUUGAUCUUCGUCUCUUUCUUGCUUGAGAUGGCUGACGAAGAUCAAGCACGGCAGCAGAGUGCGGCCCGCCAGCUGAUAGCGGCUGCGCCCGUGUUCUUCCGCGGCAUUUUGGUGGAGGAGGUCGAGACCUUCAUCGCAUUCGGCAUCGAAUCGGCUGGCCUGCUCAAGGAGCUCGAUAGCGACAUAUUUGAGGCCCUUGUGGCGAAGCACGGCGAUCGAUGGAAGCACGGCCAUAUCAUGAUCACGAGGAAACGCAUCAGGGCGGAAGAACACAUCAACAACCCCGAUGAGCAGCAGCUCGGCUCUGCUGACCCACCAGCAGCAGCAGCCCCUCCCCCUCCCCCCUCUCCCCUCCCCCAAGCGGCGAACGAGCAGGCCGCCGCGGCUGCUGCGGCGGUGGCCGUCGAAGUCAAGGACGAGCCAUCACACGGCGAGCAACAAAAUGGCCAACAGGACGUUACUGCUGCCGCCCCCCACCACCAGGAGCAGCAGCAGCAGCAGCAGGACGAAGAGGCCGGUGGCCAGGAAGGUGAGCAGCAGCAACAGCAGCAUGAUGGUGAGAUGGCCGCGGGCGAGCAGCAUGAUGGUCAACAAGCGCCACAGGAGCCACCGCCGCCUCGUUCAGCUGGUAUCGCUGACCAAGGUAUGGGAGAGGAGGGUGGGCCGACAGAAGGCGAUGACCAAGCUGGAGACGAGGAGGCGGAGGAUGAGCACGAUGAGCACAUGGACGAGAACCAGCAGUUGGCCGGCCACGUGGCUGCGAGAGGGGGAAGGGGAGGGAGGGGCAGGCGACGGCCAGGCCGGCCCCAGCUUCACCUUCCGGGCGGCAUGCAGAGGGGCGCUGGGGUGGGCGGCACCGGGAGAGGGGGCGGCCGCGGCAAAAAGCGCCAGAUAGACGAGGGAGGAGGAGGGAUAGCGCGAGAUGGAGCAGAGGUCAGAAACACCCACACCACACACGACAACGGCCAUCGGUUACUGUCACAGCUGUCCAUCCCUUUCUGCGUGUUGGUUGGUCGGUUGGUUGGUGUGCCAGGUGAAGCGUGGUCGUCCCCGCGGCCGUCCGCGUGGCUCGCGUGCCGGCAGGGGCGGAGGGGGUCGGGGCAGACAUGGGGCGGCAUCUGGUGUCGGUGGGGGGAUGGAGCACGACAGUGAUGAUGAGCUUGAAGAGGGCGAAUAUGAAGUAAAGAGUCGGACGGUCACACAUCGACCGAUCGGCCAGUAAGCAGGUGAUAUGCGCCUUCUUUUGUGUCGUGUUGUGCUGACAGGUGCGAGAGAUCCUUGCUCACGAGGUUCGUCCGUGCGGCAGGAAAUACUUCUGCAUCAAGUGGGCAGGUGAGAUUGAAGAUGUGACAUAACAAGCCCGAUACGCAAGACGGAGAAACACGCAUCGUCUGUUCGGUCUUGCGUUGGACGUGUGUGGCGCGUCUGCAGAUUCCAGUUCAUCCCUUUCAUGGGAGCCUGAGGAGCUGUUGACCAACUGUGGGGAUGUGCUGAAGACCUACUGGGACCAGCUGGAGGCCAACACGAGCAAACGCGGCACGUUGCACUGGCGCACCUUGCCCCCCUUGGCGUCCUGAGCUGCAUGCCGAUGGAUGCACCUGCGAUUCUGUAU